GCCCUUUCCUGUUUGCGCAUGCGCGGGUUUCAUGUCGCCGCCGGUGCCGCCAUUUUGUGUGUGGCCUCUGGGGCCGACCGGCGUUGAGUGGGAUGCUGCGGGGAAGCGAUGAAAGGAGGCCGCCAGCGCGGGAGGAGGCCUCUGCCUCCGCCUCCUAUUCGGGCCGCUGUUCUUCCUCGUCCGGGACGGAGCACCUGCCCCGCUACCAUUUCGGGCUGCUGCAAACCCCGCUGAGCACGGCGGGCAGCGCCGGCGGCCGCUCGGGCGGUGGAGCGGAGCCGGCCGGCCCCCCGCGACAGGCAGACUUCCUCGGCAGGCGUCUCACCCCGGGGCCGCAGCCGUUCUCUGCGGCAGCAGGAGAUUCAUACUUUGGGGACAGGAGUUCGUAUGCAGAAAAUGUUAGCACAAUGAAUUUUACAAGCUCUUCUUCUGCAAGAGGUCUUAAUAGUGCCUGGAUAGGAAAAACACCCCUCUCUUCUAGUAGAUCAGGUUGUAGAAGCAGGACACCUCUCAUGGGAUAUUCAGUUACAUCCUCAUCUGCUGUCUCUGCUCAUUUAGUUGCAUCCGUUAUUGUAGCUGUAGUAGAAGGGAGAGGACUUGCCAGAGGUGAAGUAGGAAUGGCUAGUAUUGACUUAAAAAACCCCGAAGUGGUAUUAUCCCAAUUUGCGGACAAUACAACCUAUGCUAAGGUUAUCACAAAACUCAAGAUUUUAACACCAUUAGAAAUAAUAAUGUCAAAUACUGCUUGUGAUACAGGGAAUACAACAAAAUUGUUCAGUUUGAUAACAGAAAAUUUCAAGAACGUGACUUUUACUACUGUCCAAAGAAAAUACUUCAAUGAAACAAAGGGCUUGGAAUAUAUAGAACAGUUGUGUACAUCUGAAUUCAGCACUGUCCUAAUGGAGGUUCAGUCCAAGUAUUACUGUCUAGCAGCUGUUGCAGCUUUGCUAAAAUAUGUUGAAUUUAUUCAAAAUUCAGUUUAUGCUCCUAAGUCACUCAAGGUUCGUUUCCAGGGAAGUGAGCAAACUGCUAUGAUAGAUUCAUCAUCAGCCCAAAAUCUUGAAUUGUUAACUAACAAUAGAGAUUCUCGGAAUGGUCACACUCUUUUUGGCGUUCUAAAUUAUACUAAAACUCCAGGUGGAAGCCGAAGACUUAGGUCUAAUAUCCUGGAGCCUCUGGUUGAUGCUGAAACAAUUAACACAAGAUUGGAUUGUAUUCAGGAACUACUACAGGAUGAGGAGCUCUUUUUUAGUCUUCAGGCAGUGAUUUCAAGAUUCCUGGAUACUGAACAACUUCUUUCAAUUUUAGUACAAAUUCCAAAGCAAGAUACAGUUAAAGCUGCUGAAUCAAAGAUAACUAAUUUAAUCUAUCUGAAACAUACUCUGGAACUUGUGGAUCCUCUAAAGGCUGCUUUGAAAAGCUGCAAGACUCAUCUGUUAAAGGCAUAUUACAGUUCUCUGGAAGACAAAAGGUUUGGAAUCAUACUUGAAAAGAUAAAAACUGUCAUUAAUGAUGAUACAAGAUACACAAAAGGAUGCCUGAAUAUGAGGACCCAGAAGUGCUAUGCAGUCAGGCCAAACAUCAAUGAAUUCCUUGAUAUAGCUCGUAGAACAUACACAGAGAUUGUAGAUGACAUAGCAGGAAUGAUAACACAGCUUGCAGAAAAAUACAGCCUACCUUUGAAGAUGAGUUUCAGCUCUGCUCGUGGAUUUUUUAUCCAAAUGAAUGCAGAGUGUGCAGCAUUACCUAAUGGUCAGCUACCUUCAGAAUUUACAAAGAUCACUAAAAUGAAAAAUGCAUAUAGCUUUACUUCAGCAGACUUAAUUAAAAUGAAUGAAAGGUGCCAGGAGUCUUUGAGAGAAAUUUAUCACAUGACCUACUUGAUAGUAUGUAAACUACUGAGUGAAAUUUAUGAACAUAUCCAUUGCCUAUACAAACUCUCUGACACUGUGUCAAUGUUGGAUAUGUUGCUGUCAUUUGCCCAUGCCUGCACUCUUUCUGACUACGUUCGUCCAGAAUUUACUGAUACCUUAGCAAUCAAGCAGGGGUGGCAUCCCAUUCUUGAAAAAAUAUCUAUGGAAAAACCUGUUUCUAAUAACACUUACAUCACAGAAGGCAGCAAUUUUAUCAUUAUUACAGGACCAAAUAUGAGUGGAAAAUCAACUUACCUGAAACAGAUUGCUCUCUGUCAAAUUAUGGCACAGAUUGGUUCUUAUGUCCCAGCAGAAUAUUCUUCUUUUAGAAUUGCUGAGCAAAUUUUCACUAGAAUUGGUAUGGAUGAUGAUAUAGAAACAAAUUCAUCAACAUUCAUGAAGGAAAUGAAAGAGAUAACGUAUAUCAUACAAAAUGCUAAUGACAAAUCACUCAUCAUAAUUGAUGAACUUGGCAGAGGUACCAGUACUGAAGAAGGUAUUGGCAUUUGUUAUUCAGUGUGUGAAUAUCUACUGAGUCUGAAGGCAUUUACUCUAUUUGCUACACAUUUCCUGGAACUAUGUCAUAUAGAUGCUUUAUAUCCCAAUGUGGAAAACAACCAUUUUGAAGUACAACAUGUGAGAAGUAGUGCUGGAAAUAAGGAAAAAAUUACUUAUACUUACAUACUUUCGAAAGGACACACAGAGGAAAAAAACUAUGGAUUAAAAGCUGCAGAAGUUUCUUCUCUACCACCAUCAGUAAUUUUGGAUGCAAAGGAGAUCACAACUCAUAUUGCUAGACAAAUUUUGCAAAAGCAAAGAACCACUCCUGAGACAUUAAGACAGAGGGCUGUAUACCAUCUAGCAACAAGGCUGGUUCAGACUGCAAGGAACUCUCGAUUGGAUGCAGACAGUUUGCGAAUAUUCUUGAAAGGCCUGAAAAAAAAGUAUGAAGCUGAUUGUCCUGUGUCUGGACAAGCACAAACUGAAGAUGGACAGUAAUUUAUAGCUUACAUUGAUGGACUAAUUUAUUUGGUGAGGGCCUGAAUAUUAAUUUUCUGUAUCACUGACAUGUAAUUGUUUUUAUUUUUUAAAAUAGUUGAUUCUCAUCAUAAAUUAUAUUCACUACUGAAGCAACACAUUUACUAUAUGUGGGUAUAAAUAGUUAUUCCUCUGAAGAAUUUUUUUGGAGCAAAUUUUAAACAGAAGCAUUUAUUUUGUAUAAAUAGUAUAACUAUGAAAGAAUUAUUUUUCCAUAAGACUCUUGAUAUGUCAGUGAUGACCAAAAGUCCCUAUGUGCUUUUUUCUGAAGAGAUUGAGGGCAGGAGGCCCCACUCCAUUUUGCUAGAGACUGGUGGAGACACUACUCCAAACCUUCUCUAGCAACAGAGAGU